AUGGUUUCUAAGAAGCUGAAUGCUUGGGCGAUCAGACCCGUCACAGCUUCACGAAGAUCCUUGCCACUAUGGAUGAUUGCACUCAUUGUGAUUGGAGUGUUGGCAAUCCUGGGAAUAACUAUUGGUCUCCUGGUUCAUUUUCUCGUAAUAGAAAAUAAGAUCUACUAUUACCAAGGUAGCUUUAAGGUUUUGGAUAUACCAUAUAAUAAAAAUUAUGAAAAGGAGACAUCACCAGAAAACAACUAUCUUAGUAAAAUUCUUGAGACUGAGAUGUCUAAUGCAUUUGAAAGUUCAAAUAUUUACAGACAAUACAUUAAUUCUCAAGUCAUCACACUGGUUCCUGAAAACAACAGUGUCACUGCAUAUAUAUGGAUGAUGUUCAGAGCUCCAAGAUCGAUGAAAGCAAACACAAAGGGAAGAAUUGAAAAUAUUUUACGCCAGAUGCUGAGAAAAAACUCUGGCUCCUUGAGUCUGGAUCCCGAGUCUCUUACAGUCACGGAAAUCAGUAAGGCUGAUGCUGAAAAGAUUAUCAACAACCGUUGUGGGAGACGAGCAAGAAUGUCAGCUACAUAUGAUAGGGUGAAGGGAGGUUCCAGUGCUCAGGAAGGAGAAUGGCCAUGGCAAGCAAGUCUCAAAAAAAAUGGCAAGCACUACUGCGGGGCAUCUUUGAUCAGUGAAAGAUACCUGGUGACUGCAGCUCACUGCUUUAAAAGGACAAAAGAUCCAAAAAACUAUACAGUCAGUUUUGGCACUAGAGUAAGUCCCCCCUACAUGCUACAUCGUGUUCAACAAAUUAUUGUUCAUGAAAACUAUAUUGCUGGACAACAUCGUAAUGAUAUUGCAAUUAUAAUGCUCACGGAGAAGGUUUCCUUUAAGAAUGAUGUGCAUCGAAUUUGUCUUCCUGAAGCCACACAGAUAUUCUCACCAGGGGAGGGAGUUGUUGUUACAGGAUGGGGAGCACUUUCCUAUGAUGGUGAAUACCCAGUGUUGCUUCAGAAAGCACCUGUGAAGAUUAUUGACACAGCGACUUGUAAUGCUGAAGAAGCAUAUAAUGGAAUGGUAGAAGAUGAAAUGCUAUGUGCUGGAUAUAUAGAAGGAAAUAUUGAUGCCUGUCAUGGUGACUCCGGAGGACCAUUAGUUCAUCCCAAUUCUCGAAAUAUUUGGUACCUUGUUGGAAUAGUGAGCUGGGGUGUAGAAUGUGGUAAAGUCAAUAAGCCAGGAGUUUAUGUGCGAGUGACCUCCUAUCGAAGAUGGAUUGCCUCCAAGACGGGUAUUUAAGAG